CUUCCCCACUCUCACUUCCUCACGCGCUCAUUUCUCCCACAAACCACCAAAAAGUUGUAAAAAGGAGCAGAAAUCAACCCAGAAAAAGCAGUCUCCUUUGAUUCUUCCAUCCCCCAAAAUCUCGACCGCACCACCACGCCAUGACCGAUCACCUCCGUCUCAGCCACCUACGAACGACGACCCAACUCUUCAAGCAAACCACCUCCACCUUCACCUCCAAUCUUUUCACAUUCCUCUUCCUCUCUUUCCUUCUCUUCUCCUUCCGUACACUCGUCGAGAAUGGGACUCACCUCCUCACCUCCUUCAUCGACCGAGACGCUUCCCUUAAGUCCCUCCUCUCGCGUCUUGAUCUUGCUGGCCACCACCAGGAGCUGCAGCAGCAGGACCUCCACCAUCGCUUGCGUCAUCACCGUCGUCCCUUUCUUCACCUUACGCGCGUGGGGACAUUGGAUGACGAUUUCUUCUCUGGAGACGACGAUACGGAUCGCGCGCUCUUUGGGCACCAACGCAAGAGCUCCGUCAAUGCCAGUUAUGUGAUUCUCUCGAAUUUUGAUACCAGAUUGGGAUUCUCUGAUCUUGUCGUCGAUAAUGGGAUCAGAUUCCCCGAGAUUGUCCGCACCGGUAUUACUUUCAAAGCCCCAAUUUCUCAUUUUGAUAAAGAAAGUGAUGAUUUCAGUAACUUUAACAAUGAAGAUGGCAUUAAUACUGACGAGCAACAUAACAAAGAAAAAGAGAAUGGAUCAGUUAACCUAGAAAAAGGUGGUCAAGAUUUCGAGAGGAUCGUGGAUUUGCAGUUCUUUAUAAAGGGAUUGGAGCUUGGUCGCCGGGAUGCAGCAGCUUUGUUUUUCCUUGUUUCUUUAUUAUCUGCUGCUUAUGGCUGGGUGAUUAUAGGGUUUAUUGCUAUAUAUUCAUGGGUUUUAGGCGUUGUUUUUAUCACCGUUGUUAAUGAUCUGUUAGGGAGGUUUAGUUCAUUUGUUGGGCUCUUAUGGGAUGGUUCUAAGCUGGGUCUCAAAAGGCUGACUGGGUUCAUCCUCAUGAGAUGGGCUGUUAGGGAUGCAUUGACUCAGCUUCUUGGACUGUGGUAUUUUGGUGAAAUUGAGGAUCAGUACUCUUUCUUUAAGCUCUUUGUCAGAUUGAAAUUGAUGCCCUUCUCGGUUAUGUCUCCAUGGAUUAGGGGUUUUGAGAAGGAGAUUUCAGGUUUUUUGUUUACCUGGUUUUUGUUGGAUACCUUUGUGUCUUUUAUAUUUGCAUUAGAUGGAUGGAUUGCCAUAGUGGAUCACAGGAGAAGCGGAAGAGAGAUAGUGAAGGAAGGUUGUUAUUUGAUAUUAACUAUGAUGAACAAAGCCAUAAAAAUAAAGUGUUUUGAAGCUAUUCUUUGUGGUUCUUUUGCAAGAUGGGUCUUGACUAUGCUUUUUGGGAAAUUUCUUGCUGCAAUUUUCCAGUCAGCUGUGGAGGUUUACUUUAUGGUGGCUUGGCUGAUAUUCUAUUUUGUGGCAAGGAGUAGGGAUGCUAAUUCGGAAGGUAGGCGGUUUGGGCGUAGAGAAUUGGAGGGCUUAAUUGAGGGCCUUAGAUGAUACUCGGUGGUGAUAAGGUCACAGCAAUUUAUAUUGCGGGCUUCAACAGUAAUGCUAAAAAAGCAAUGCAAUGAAACUUUCAGUGUUUUUUGUCUCCUGCAUUGCAGCCCCAGUGAUUCAGACUGCCAUCAUUUGAUGUAAUGCCAAACACCAGCAAUGUGUUGUAUGUACUUCUACCAAGAAGCAAUAUACCACAUAUGUAUAUUUUCCACCGAAUGCUUCAUGUGUACAUUUGCUUGCCACUAUUUUUCAAAUAUUUAUCUUUCAAUGAUUUAUAAUGAGAGGAAUCUUUUGUUCUGCAUUUAGAACAGACUCUCAUGAUUGUGUUUUUUUUUUUUUCAGAAGUUGAUCUUCGUGGUCUUUAUUAUGGCAUAUAACUCAUAUAAGUAUAAAUAGCAUGGAACAGAAACUUUGCAUUGGUUCUUCUA